CAUGUGCAAAUCGUUUAUCUUCAAAUCAGAAAACGAUUAAAAAAACAAGAAAGCAAUGUUGAUCGAAGAAGAUUUUCGAUUCAAAUUUCCAAUGUUCAUCGGAUCAACGCCAUGAACACAAGACAAACAUUCGCGGGUUUCUCCAAAUUCAAAGGCUGUUGUUCUUCAUUCAAACCUUUCUUCCUCCUCUAAUGGCGUUUUUCUCUCUACCCAUCUAUCGUUUCGCCUUCGCCUCCAUUUCCGUCCUCCUCUUCCUCUGUUUCUUCAUCUUCUCCAGACGAAAAACAGAUGUUUCCCUCUCUAUCUACCAAGAUCUCUCUUCCCAAUCCCCAUUCACCGUCUCUCUCUCUCCUCCCCCUCCUCCGAUCAUUCCUCCGAUCAUUCCUCCUCCUUCAAUGGCCGAACCCCAGAUCCCUUUUCCCGAUUCUGGGUCCGAUUCCUCUGUUAUUGAGCCCUUAACGAGCCCAUCUGUCCAAGAAACAGAGGUUUCUAAUGGCAAAAAUGGGUCGGUGGCUAAAGGUAAAGCUGCUACUGGUUCUUUGGCGGCUCGUAAUGGUGCUGACUUGUUAAGGGAGGGAUUGAAGCAUUGUGAUCUUUACAUGGGGAGCUGGGUUAAAGACGAGAAGCAUCAUCCAGUUUAUAGAGUGGGUUCUUGCCCUUAUGUUGAUGAGGCUUAUGAUUGUGGGAACAAUGGGAGGGCUGAUUCUGAGUAUACCAAAUGGCGAUGGAAGCCUUAUGGCUGUGAUCUUCCCAGAUUUAAUGCCACAGACUUUUUGGUGAGACUGAAAGGGAAACGAUUGAUGCUUGUCGGAGAUUCUAUGAACCGAAACCAGUUCGAGUCGAUCCUUUGUCUCCUAAGAGAAGGCCUUCGAGAUAAGAAGAGAAUGUUUGAGACCCAUGGCUAUAAAAUAUCUAAGGGAAGGGGUUACUUUGUCUUCAAAUUUAAGGAUUAUGGCUGUACUGUGGAGUUUGUGAGAUCACAUUUUCUCGUGAGGGAAGGAAUUCGUAUAAAUGCUCAAGGAAACUCGAACCCGACUCUAUCGAUUGAUCGAAUCGAUAAAACUUCUGGGCGCUGGAAGCGAGCUGAUAUUCUUGUGUUCAAUACUGCUCAUUGGUGGACUCAUGGAAAGACUGCUCGAGGGAUAAACUAUUAUAAAGAAGGUAACGUUCUUUACCAGAAGUUCGAUGCUGUCGAGGCAUACAGACGAGCGCUCAAGACGUGGGGAAACUGGAUCGAUCGUAAUAUAAAUCCAGCCAAGCAAUUGGUCUUCUAUAGAGGAUAUUCUUCAGCUCAUUUCAGAGGUGGAGAUUGGGAUUCAGGAGGAUCAUGCAAUGGUGAAACUGAGCCAGUCUUAACUGGUGCCAUCCUCAACAACUAUCCUUUGAAAAUGAAGAUAGUCGAGGAAACGAUCAAGCGAAUGAAGGUACCCGUCAUACUUUUGAACGUUACGAGGCUAACCAAUUUUCGCAAGGAUGCUCAUCCAUCGAUCUAUGGUAAGAAUCGGACCGCUACGAAGAAGGUUUCAAAGAGACGGCAGGACUGCAGCCAUUGGUGUCUCCCCGGAGUUCCCGACGCAUGGAAUGAACUUAUCUAUGCCUCUCUGAUCUCUUGGUCGAAAAAAUCUAAGUCGAGCUAGUUCAGGUAUAGCAACAUUCUUUUGUUCCACUUGGUGAAGGCUGCAGUCUGAUCAAGCUGCAAUUUUGAUAUUAUUUAUGACUAAUUUUAGAAUAAAUGUGUGAUAUUAGCUCCACGAAUAAGGUUUAGAUUCGAUAUUUUGAAUGCACGGUUGACCUAAUAUCCACCGAAAUGACUCGUGUUGCACGUAAGAAA